UGCUUCCAUUAAUCUAUGUUACGUUUGAAUUUAACUUCGUUUCAUUUUGUGCUUUGGAAAAAAAAAGCAGUUAUAGAGGAUAGAGACCACAAAUUCUUGACAAGAGCUGUUGAAGAAGCAUACAAAGGAGUUGAAUGUGGAGAUGGAUGGCCAUUUGGUGCCCUCGUUGUUCACAAAGAUGAAGUUGUUGUGAGUUGCCAUAACAUGGUUGUAGAACACACUGAUCCAACUGCACAUGCAGAAGUUACAGCAAUACGAGAGGCAUGUAAAAAGCUGAACCGAAUCGAUCUUUCCGACUGUGAAAUGUAUGCUUCUUGUGAGCCUUGUCCUAUGUGCUUCGGUGCCAUUCAACUUUCAAGGAUUAAGAGGCUCGUAUAUGGAGCUAAAGCGGAAGCAGCGAUUGCAAGUGGAAUUCCGAUCGACGAUUUUAUCUCGGAUGCAUUGAGAGGUACUGGGUUUCAUGAGAAGGCUAACUUGGAGAUCAAACAAGCAAAUGGUAAUGGAGCCAUGAUUGCUGAACAAGUCUUUGAGAGAACUAAACCCAUGUUUCCCAAGCGUUGAUUCAUCUCUCAAUUUAAUUUAACUGGAAGGUACUCGCGCAAUGCAGCGAGAUACAUCUUAAUUUUAAUGUUUCGCUUUAUAUUUUGGGUCUAUCAAUGUUAUAAUACGAUUUUAUGUGGUUUUAAGAAAAAUAAAAUGUUUUUAUUUUUUAAUUAAAUAUAAACUUGAUGAUAUUAUUACA